GUGAGAAGAGAGAAGAUAAGUGAAAGGAUGAAGGUGUUGCAAAGGCUUGUGCCAGGCUGUGAUAAGGUGACUGGAAAGGCCCUUAUGUUGGAUGAAAUAAUCAAUUAUGUUCAGUCUUUACAGAAUCAAGUUGAGUUCUUGUCAAUGAAGCUUGCUUCCGUGAAUCCAAUGUUUUAUGACUUGUCAACGGACCUAGAUACCCUCUUGGUUAGACCAGAGAAACUAAAUAGCAUGGCAUCACCAUCACCAUUACCAUGUGUGUCACAUUGCAACAGCCCCAACCAAGUCACAACUUUUGCUGAUACAACCACCAUGACCCCAACCAACAUCUUCCACACUGCCAGUGACUACCUUUUGGAUAAUUCAGCUUCAUUUUUUUUUCAAGGCCAGAGGUCGAAUAUGUUCUCUGAGGAGGAUACCGGUAGUCAAUUCUGGGACGCAGAGGACCAGCGACAAAAGUUUCUUCAUCCAUAUGGAUUCAACAACAACUUUUGCUCCUUUCAUUAA